AUGCCCGUCAUCAUUGCGGCCAAGACCCUUUCCGAUUACCUGUCUCGUCUCGUCGCUAUUCUUGAACCCCCUGUCUGUCCUGCCUUGUCCUCAGCUCCCAAGCCUGUCUCUGUGAGCGCUGCACCUGAUCCUAUCCCUGUGAGCGCUGCACCCGAGCCUGCCGCUGUUAUUGCUGCACCCUGUCCUGCCCCUUUGCCUGCUAUUUCUCACGUCAGGAGUCCCGGUUCCGCAUCCUCUGUGUCCUCGUCUGAAUCUGUUGCUGCUAAUUCCCGGUCUGUUUCCCCGUUCGUCCCUGUCUCCACCAGCCCCCGGACUGUUUCCCCAUCUGUCCCUGUUUCCACUAGCCCCCGGACUGUUUCCCCGUUUGUCCCUGUCUCCACUAGUCCCCGGACUGAUUCACCGUUCGUUCCUGUCUCCACUUGUCCCCAGACUGUUUCCCCUGUCACCAUUAAACCCCGGACUGUUUCUCCCAAGACCUCUACUCAUGUGUCCCCGUCCAAGCCUGCCCGGAGUUCUCGUCCUCAGCCCUCCUCCCGUGGACCCAAGACCCCCAGUCCUCCCUUCCACCCUGGACCUCCCCCCAUGAACUCUGUGUUUCCUCCACCUCCUUUGCCUUUUUCCCCUUGA